UGCAGACUUGGCUUAAUGUGGAAGGCAAUGGAAGGAGUGCAGAAGAUCGAGUAUUUUACCCUCGCCCGUCAGGCGGACGCCGAGCACAAGAAGAAAUAUCCCGAUUAUGUCUACAACCCAAAAGAGGUCCGCAGACAAAAGCGCCUUCGAGAGCAGGCCCGUGGUAAAAAAUUGAGACGCCUCACGACGGCGCAGACCAGCAGCGCCCGUCCGAUGCCUGCCGAAGAACAUCAAAGAGAAGGAAGAUUCCGAGGCACACAAGUUGUCGCUUUGUCAGAGGUAAGUCGUCGUCAUACUCUCUGGACGAAGUCACUCGCCUGCCAUCUGUCGCUUGCACAUGGAAAACAAACAAGUGUGGAAAGUCAGUGGCGAAAGAUGACUAGA